AUGGCGGAUAGUGAAACCAACGCAGGGAAAUCAGCCAAAUUCGUAGAUUUCUUAAGCUCCCUGCCACAAGAGAUCAAGGCAGAGAUUCUAUGUCGACUGCCCUUGGACACGUUGGCUCAAUCCAGAGCCGUUUGUCGGGCGUGGAACUUGUCUCACGGCGACCCUUCCGUAUUCUUCGUCGAACUUUACGACGAUGCCGGCCAGGAAGAAGACAAUAAGGCGCACUUCAUGAUUCGAGAGAUCGAUUUGCCCUACGAUGAUUUAACUUUAAGCUUCAGCUUUGGGAUCGUCGGCUCUUGCAACGGCUUUAUGUGCUUAUCGUCCUAUCCCCUCCAAAGAAUCUACCUUUACAAUAUCUUUACAAAGACCUUCAAAUUGCUGCCAAAGAAUGAUAUGAUCGGUGAGGUGGAUUUUCGAGAUGAAUCCUACAAAUCUGUGUUUGUGUUCGGAUACAAUCCGUCCGCCCGGGACUAUACUGUGGUGAGUGUGGAAUAUAAGAAAAUUUCUGAAAAGGAGGAGAAAACAAAUGCGUUUGUGUAUACUUCAAAUAGUAACACAUUGAAAAGGGCCAAGAAUGUGCCGGUCCAUAGGUUUCGAGCAACAUUCCGGAGAGGGGUUUUGGCGGGCGGGAAGCUGCACUGGUUGAGGGACGAUAAUUCGGGCAUUGUUUCUUUCGACUUGGCGGACAAUUUUUUCCGGGAGGUCGAGAUGGAUUUGCCCACGAUAGUUAAAAACUCGGUCCAUCCGCUGUCUGAGUGGCAUUUUCUCCAAAUUGCAGUUUUAGGGGGAUACCUGUCGCUUGCGGUGGACGAUGGCUUCCAGAUUGUGAUUUGGGGUAUGAGAGAGUAUGGGGUGAAGGCGUCGUGGGAGAGGAUGUAUACUCUCGGACAGUCGUUUUACGAGGAGUAUUCUAUUUUCGAGGACAAGAAUUCUAUUCGUGUGUUGGGUCUCAGGAAAAAUGGUGAUAUUCUUCUGGCAAUCCAACUUGAGGGGUUGGUUAGCUAUAAUCCACGCGAUGGAGCGGUCAGGUUUGUUUUUGGAGUUGAUGGGUUUAAUGUAGUGGAAGAUUUUGUUUGUGUUAGUGAUCUUAUAACUCCAAGCGCCUUCUGCUGCAAACAAUUUGUCAGUCGUUAUGAAUCACUUUUGUGCCUUGAUGCUGAUGAUUCUGGGUACCAUUGCUUGGUGCAGGAAAACUUAAAGCCCCAUCAGAAGUAUUGUAUGCCAUUGCAAUACAGUUCAAGGGCCGCCGUAUACCCCUUCUUCCUCACAAGCCUCCCCACUCUACAUCAAGAAAAGGAAGAAACAAAAAUGGCGGAUAAUGAAAUAAACGCAGAGAAAUCAGCCAAAUUCGACUAUUUCUUAGGCCCCCUGCCAGAAGAGAUGAAGAUCGAGAUUCUAUCUCGAAUGCCCUUAAAGUCGGUGGCUCAAUCCAGAGCCGUUUGUCGGGCGUGGAACUUGACUCACGGCGACCCGUCUCUCCUCGAUAUGCUCAUUUCCUGCAACUUCGCUCUUAAUCGGACAUGGGUUUUUCUGAGCUUUGCUGACCGUAUCCACACGUCCGUAGACUUUAUCGAAUUUUCCGACGAUGCCGGCCAGGGAGAAAACGAUAACGCGGACCACAAGAUUCGGGUGAUCGAUUUGCCCUUUUCCGAUGAUUUCAGCCCCAGCAGCUUUGGGAUCGUCGGCUCUUGCAACGGCCUUCUGUGCUUAGCCGAUUCGUCCUAUCCCCGCCCAAGAAUCUACCUUUGCAAUCCCUUUACAAAGACCUUCAAAUUGCUGCCAAAUAAUUAUCUGAUCAGUAAGGUGGAUUGUCGAGAUGAAUCCUACAAAUCCGUGUUUGGGUUCGGAUACAAUCCUUCCGCCCGGGACUAUACUGUGGUGAGUGUGGAUUAUGUGAAAAUUUCUGAACAGGAGGAGAAAACGAAUGCGUAUGUGUAUACUUUCAAGAGUAACACAUGGAAAAGGGCCAACAAUGUGCCGGUUCAUAGGUUUGGAGCAACGUUCGCGGGAGGGGUUUUGGCGUGCGGGAGGCUGCACUGGUUUAGGAACGAUAAGUCGGGCAUUGUUUCGUUCGACUUGGCGGACAAUUUUUUCCGGGAGGUCGAAAUGGAUUUGCCCACGAUAGUAAAAAAUUCGGUCCAUCCGCAGUCUAGGUGGCAUUGGCUCAACAUUGCAGUGUUAGGAGGAUACCUGUCGCUUGCGGUGGAUGAUGGCUUCCAGAUAGUGAUAUGGGGCAUGAGAGAGUAUGGGGUGAAGGAGUCUUGGGAGAGGAUGUAUACUCUCGGACAGUCGUUUUACGAGGAGUAUUCUUUUGUUGGGGGCUCGAAUUCUAUUCGUGUGUUGGGUCUUAGGAAAAAUGGGGAUAUUCUUCUGGCAAUCCUCUUUCUCGGGUUGGUUAGCUAUAAUCCACGCGAUGGGGCGGUCGGGUUUGUUUAUGGAGGUGAUGGGUUUGUAUUUGAGGAAGAUUGUGUUCGUGUUAGUUUUAAACCCAAAGGGGCUGGGGGAAGAGAUGUGAGAGUUGAAUGGGUCAGAGAUUUGUUUAAUGCUGAUGGUCAAUCCUGGAAUGAGGACUUAAUCUGUCAAAUUUUUACCCCCUUAGAGGCAGCAGAAAUUCUGAAAAUUCCUCUUUCUCAUACUGAUUCAAAAGACAAAUUUGGCUGGUGUUUAGAAAAAAAAAGUGUCUUUACUGUCAAUUCCUGUUACAAGGAGAUAAUGAAGCAGGCUGUGCUAAAGAGAGAUAUCCCUGGAUCCAGUGAUGGAGGGGAUUUAAUAAAAAAGAUGUGGAGGAAUACUUGGGCUAUAAAAGUGAAACCGAAGCUGAGAGUUUUUUUAUGGAGGUGCAUUCAUAAUUCUCUUCCAGUUGCAACCAAUUUGUGUAAAAGAGGGAUUAUUCAAGAUCCUACUUGUAAUCUGUGUGGUGAAGAAGUGGAAGAUCUUAUGCAUGCUUUCUUUGAAUGCUCUAGAGCUAAGAGGGUGUGGGAAAUUGCUCCUAUUCUGUGGGAUUCUACUCAGAUUAAGAAAGAUCAUUUCAGGGGAUGUGAAACUAACGCAGAGAAAUCAGCCAAAUUCGAAGAUUUCUUAAGCUCCCUACCACAAGAGAUCAAGGCCGAGAUUCUAUCUCGAUUGCCAUUGAAGACGGUGGCUCAAUCCAGAGCCGUCUGUCCGGCGUGGAACUUGACUCACGGCGACCCGUCUCUCCUCGAUAUGCUCAUUUCCUGCAAAUUCGCUCUCAAUCGGACAUGGGUUUUCCUGGGCGUUGACCGUAUCCACACUUCCGUAUUCUUCAUCGAACUUUACGAUGAUGCCAUCGAUUUGCCCUUUUCCGGUGAUCGCAGCUUUCGGAUAGUCGGCUCUUGCAACGGCCUUCUGUGCUUAGCCGAUUCGUCCUAUCCCCACCCAAGAAUCUACCUUUACAAUCCCUUUACAAAGACCUUCAAAUUGCUGCCAAAGAAUCAUCUUAUCAGUAAGGUGGAUUAUCGAGAUGGAUCCUACGAAUCCAUGUUUGGGUUCGGGUACAAUCCUUCCUCCCGGGACUAUACUGUGGUGAGUGUGGAUUAUAUAAUUUCCAAACUGGAGGAGAAAACGAAUGCGUAUGUGUAUACUUUAAAGAGUAACACAUGGAAAAGGGCCAAGAAUGUGCCAGUUCAUAUAUUUCGGCCAAGCUUCCAGGGAGGGGUUUUGGCGGGCGGGAGGUUGCACUGGCUGAGGGACGAUAUAUCGGGCAUUGUUUCUUUCGACUUGGCGGACAAUUUUUUCCGGGAGAUUCCGAUGGAUGUUCCCACGAUAGUUAAAAACUCGGUCCAUCUGCUGUCUCAGUGGUAUUGGGUCCACAUUGCAGUUUUAGGAGGACACUUGUCGCUUGUGGUGAACAAUAGCUUCCAGAUUGUGAUUUGGGGUAUGAGAGAGUAUGGGGUGAAGGAGUCCUGGGAGAGGAUGUAUACUAUCGGACAGUCGUUUUACGAGGAGUAUUCUUAUGAAGGGGACUCGGAUUCUAUUCGUGUGUUGGGUCUCAGGAAAAAUGGGGAUAUUCUUCUGGCAAGCGACUUUGUUGAGUUGGUUAGCUAUAAUUCGCGCAAUGGGGCGUUCGGGUUUGUCUAUGGAGGUGAUGGGUUUGAAUUUGCGGAAGAUUGUGUUCGUGUUAGUGAUCUUAUUACUCCAAGCGCCUUGGGAUCUUGUUUGCUUUUAAAUGGAUAUCUUGAAUAUCGAAUGAGAAUUAAGGUGGUGGAUUCACCACAAUCCCCUGCCAGAAGAGAUGAAGAUCGAGAUUCUAUCUCGAAUGCCCUUGAAGUCGGUGGCUCAAUCCAGAGCCGUUUGUCGGGCGUGGAACUUGACUCACGGCGACCCGUCUCUCCUCGAUAUGCUCAUUUCCUGAAAAUUCGCUCUUAA